CCUGAAUUAGCCGAACAGAUUAAUUUUUAUGGAAGUGAUGACGGACAAAUGAAAUUUUUAGAAGCAAUUAGUGCUGAUGUAGAAAACUUUGAGAAAGAGCAAAAAGAAAAUAAAAUCUCAGAGGAGCCAACCAACGA